GUUUAUUGUAGACUGGAUAUCAAUUUAGGGGGGUGAUUCUCACAAAACCAAGGAAUUGCAUUAAUCAAGAAAUUGUAUUUCUUUUUCAGACACAGAAAAUAGUGAACACCUAUAUGAAUGUCCAAUGUGCAGUCUUACAUGUACAGACAUUCAGAUUCUUGAAGAACAUGUGGAUUUGCACUUAGAGGAACAAAGCUUUUCAGAAGGUGGAAACAUACGAGAUCUAGAACUGGCUCAACGGCUCCAAACUGAAGAAGAUAAAUGGCAGAGAUCGGAAGAGGAGAAGAGAGAAAGAGAAGAAUUUAAAAAGCUGCAGAGACAGUAUGGCUUGGAUAAUUCUGGAGGCUACAAGCAGCAGUUCCUAAAGAAUAUGGAAAGGGAGGUUGAUAGAGGAAGGAUGCAACCUUUUGAGUAUCACAAGAAAAAAGCAGACAUGAUGGAAUGUUUGGCUUUUGGUAUAGAUGAUGGGAAAACAAAGACCUCAGGAGUCAUUGAAGCGUUGUGCAAGUACUAUCAGAAUGAAAACAAAGAUGUGAGGCGUGUAUGGCUUUCAGCAGGAGUAGAUCACUUCCACUCAUCAUUAGGCGACAGAGGCUGGGGUUGCGGUUACAGGAAUUUCCAAAUGCUCCUUUCCUCACUGUUGCAAAACAGCUUGUAUAAUGACUGCUUGAGAGAUACUACACUAAUUCCUAGUAUACCGAAGAUUCAGUCCAUGAUUGAAGAUGCCUGGAAAGAAGGCUUUGAUCCUCAUGGGGCAUCUCACUUCAACAACAGAUUACACGGUUCUAAAGCAUGGAUAGGAGCAUGUGAAAUUUAUUCACUGUUAACCAAUCUCAGGAUAAAGUGUCAAAUCAUUGACUUUCACAAACCAACUGGCCCUAUGGGUACACACCCUCGUUUAUUUGAGUGGGUUUUGCAUUACUAUUCUACAGAUAAUGAAUGUGGUGCAAAGGUAGUGUGUACUUCCAAACCGCCUAUCUACUUGCAACAUCAAGGUCAUAGUCGUACUGUUGUUGGAAUAGAAGAGAAGAAGAAUAAAACCUUAUGUUUGCUACUGUUUGAUCCGGGAUGUCCUUCCCAAGAAAUGCAAAAACUGCUGAAACAGAACAGUGAUGGUACUAGUCUCAAACUGCUGCGGAGAUUUAUGGGGAGCUUAAAAGAAAAGCAGUACCAGAUAGUGGCUGUAGAUGGUGUGCUCUCAUUGGAAGAGAAGGCUACUCGCUGCCAUGCUUCUCAGGUCUUGACAUCAGAGAAGAUUCCUUAAAGGAUGCCUUUAUUACUUCUUUCUGGAAUUUGCUGGAUGAAAAAUAUUGGACUUCUGGACUGGGACCUUAACUCAACAAUUUCUAGACCUAAACUGUGUCUUCAAAAAUGCUUGGGGUCUCUGGAGCAGCGCAACACUGGGAGUAAACAUGUAGUUUUGAUAUUCAGUCAUCCCGAUGAAUCUGUAACUCUAUAGUAUCACAGUCCUUGUAAUUUGGUAUUUUCUUAGUUGCUUAAAUUACUAAGUAACACCUACCAUCCCAUAGUAAACUGUGCAGUAUAGUUAACUGUCAAUAAGCGGUGGAUAAAGAUACUAUGGAACUACUUUAUUGGAGUACCUGGUCAUGGUUUACUUCUGUAAAUAUUUGUAUGCUGCCUCUGAGGCCAAUGCUCUAUUUCUCAUCAAAUGUGAUCAACAAAUAUCUAUUAUGCCUCAGCAAAUUCUCCCUCAACUAUUUGCAAAGUACAGACAGUUCAGUGAUUUCACAAUACAGUUUGUUCCAUCAGAUUACUACUGAACAACUUCUCAGUUAGCUGGCUUCUCUAGAUGUAUCACUUGUAAACACAAACAUGUGUGCUCACAAGGUGGAUCAGUGUUAGUGUUGGCUGUGUGGUCUAAGAUAGUGGUGGAAGUGGGAUGUCCAUAGUGGGAUGUUUUUGCUUUAGGGAUUGCCCAAGGCAAUCCAUUGGGGUACAGGGAGAAAAUAUGUCUUUUGUACCAUGAAUAAAUAAAAAAUAUUUUUAAAAGUUUUUAUUUCA